AGCCUGUUUUCCGAACGCUCUGUGGACUAGAAACGCAGAAUAUUCAUGUUCCUCCAUCUACUUUGCUCUGUAGAAUUCAUCCCUCGUAAUAUUCUUCUCAUUCAUGUAAAUUACAUUCAACUAAAUUCACAUGAUCUUCGGAAGUAAAGUAAUCUUCGACAUUUGAGGAGCGAGCGAGGCCGUUUCACUUACAAUGGGGAUCCUAAGAUCCCGGAAACAGCAAUGCUUCGGCAUCGCCAUUGUUGCCGCCAUAUGCACACUAUAUCUGUUAGGUUUAUGGACAGGUCCCGGCAGGCCCUUGGACGCGACUGUCCUCAUCACCACACAGCACAAUCCAUCAUCACCAUCAUCAUCUACCACACCAACCAAACAUGCCGUCCCUGACGACACGGUCUCGACCACACAACCAGCAGGUCGCGGUCCAAAACCAGCACCGCCAGGCCAGCACCCCGUGUCGUACCUCAUCGGCGCCGCCGAGGCCGAGAUGAAAACCACGCUUGCCCGGCAGUCCAAGACGCUCCGGGACGCCGUGGCCGAGUACCGUCGCCGGCACGACGGCCUUCCCCCACCCCCCAACUUUGAUAAGUGGUGGGAGUUUGCGCGGGCGCACGACGUGCAGCUCGUCGACGAGUUCGACGGCGUCGCAGACUUGCUUACCCCGUUCUGGGGCCUGCGGCCAGCGACGAUUCGUGGCCGCGCCGCCGAGGCGCUGGGCUUCGCGGGGAAUCUGCUGCUGGGCGUGCAGGUCCGCGCCGGAAAGGUCGCGCACAUUUCGGGCGGCAAUGAUUGGCACCGCAAGGCGCUCAGCGGUAUGAUGGCGUCGUUUGUCGAGCACCUGCCCGACAUGGACCUGGCCUUCAACGUCCAUGAUGAGCCGCGCGUCGUAGUGCCGCAUGAUGACAUGGCGAGGUUGGUUGCGCGGGCUGCGGAGGAGAAGGCCGCGGCGGCUGCGGGCAAGAAGCCUAGGAACUCUUUUGCCCCGUCCGGGGGUGAGGUGAGGCCUGCAGGGCUUGCGCCCGAGGGCGGGUUCGACGCGGUAGGGACGACGCGGUUCAAUACGUAUGCGCAUCAGUCGUCGUGGUUGCACUCGCGGGCCUCGUGCGCUCCCGGCUCGGCGGCACGGAUCCUCGACGACUCGGAGCGCGUCGACGACGUCUCGCAGUCGCUGAUGGGGGAGCUGGGCUUCGUGUACAACGCCACGGCCCUGUCGGACGUCUGCGCGUCACCGUCUCUGGCGACUUCGUUCGGGCUUUUCGAGCGGCCCAACGCCUACAGUGUGGUCCAAGAGCUGUUCCCCAUAUUCUCGGCAUCCAAGGUGUCGAGCUACGCCGACAUCCUUCACCCAGCCCCUUGGUACUGGUACGAAAAGGUCGCGUACGACGAGGCGCAGGACCCGAACUGGGAGAGCAAAAAGGCAAAGAUGUACUGGCGCGGCUCGACCACGGGCGGGUACAGUCGGAACGGCGGUUGGAAACGCCACCACCGCCAGCGCAUGGUGGACAAGCUCAGCAAUGGCGACUCAGCCAAGAUCCUCGAGCCCGUAGAAACCAGAGACGCUUCACAGCAGCAUCAACUGACAUGGCAGGCGAAGCCCGCAUCACGUUCCCGCCUAGCAUCCCUCUUUGACGUUUUCUUCUCGCACGUCGGGCAGUGCGACCCAGCCGACUGCGACGAGCAGGAGCGGCACUUUACCGUCAAGGGCCGGACGCGGCCCGAGUCGGCCUGGCACUACCGGCACCUUCUGGACGUGGACGGCAACGCCUUCUCGGGUCGCUUCUACGCGUUCCUCCAGUCGCGCAGCCUCGUCUACAAGCUGUCCAUCUUUCGCGAGUGGCACGCCGACUGGCUCAAGCCCUGGGUCCACUACGUGCCCAUGAGCCUUCGCGGAGACGACUGGGCCGAGCUGGUCAGGUAUUUUAGCCAGGGCGGUGCAGACGGAGGCGACGAGCUGGCGGAGAAGAUGGCGCUCAGGGGUAGGGAGUGGGCUGCCAAGGUGUUGAGGAAUGAGGACCUUGAGGUGUGGUUCUUCAGGCUGCUACUUGAGUACGGCCGGGUCGUUGAUGAUGAUAGGAAGAACAUUGGGUAUUUGCCUUGAUAGCAUGGCUCCAAUAUCACUUGUCACAUGGGCAUUGAAAGAGCAUUGUGUGAUUUUUAGCAUGUCACUUUGGGUGUAUAUCUGAGUUCUUGUCAUUGGCUAUUGGAUGGCGUUUGUUGUUUUGCCUGGGCUUUAUAUAUAUAUAUGUCUCAUGCUUCAUGCCACAGUUGGAAAUACAGACAUGACAUACAUGAUGUUGUAUUGGAAUACAUAUAUAUGGUCUCAAGUUUUGAGGUGAACCAGAGACUGACGGAGUUUACGAC